GGGUAUAGCCUGGAGAUUUCCUAAGGAUUUGGGGACCCUGCCUUGCAGUCACGUCUAAGCCUGUGCAAAGCAGUUCCUGAGGGGUGGGGACCCCUCGCUAGGGCAGCGGGCUAGAACCUUCCCCACCCACUGAUGGCGCCAUCCAGCCUCAUUGAAGCGGCCAGGGUUCCACUUGGGCUUUGUACAAGUCAUAUUCUUCGGGACUGCUUGUAGGAAGACACGCAGUUUCCAUUUUCAGAAAUUAGUCAACCCUAACACCAAGUAUUGCCUCGGGUCGAAUUUGGGACGGGAGCGCGUGUCAUUGCAGUGGAUACCUGGUCAGAGAUUAGUGACUUAUACCGGGAAACGCCAGAAUGGAGGUGUCAAUGCCCCUGCCUCAGAUAUAUGUAGAAAAAACCCUAGCUCUUAUCAAGCCAGACAUUGUUGACAAAGAAGAGGAGAUACGCGACAUUAUUCUCAGAUCUGGAUUCACCAUCAUUCAGAGACGAAAACUACAUCUGAGCCCUGAGCACUGUAGUAACUUUUACGUGGAACAGUAUGGGAAACUGUUUUUCCCAAACUUAACAGCUUAUAUGAGCUCUGGACCUCUUGUUGCUAUGGUACUAGCCAGACAUAACGCCAUCUCUUACUGGAAAGAUCUUCUGGGGCCACCUAAUAGUUUAGUAGCCAAGGAGACACACCCAGACAGUCUAAGGGCGAUUUACGGUACGGAUGAGCUACGGAAUGCCCUUCAUGGGAGCAACGACUUUGCUGCCUCGGAAAGAGAAAUUCGGUUCAUGUUCCCAGAAGUGAUUAUUGAACCCAUUCCAAUUGGACAAGCUGCUAAGGACUAUUUAAAUUUGUACGUGACGCCAACCCUGCUUCAAGGCCUCACGGAACUCUGUAAGCAGAAGCCAGAAGACCCUUAUGGUUGGCUAGCUGAUUGGCUGCUGAAAAAUAAUCCCAACAAACCUAAACUGUGUCAUUUUCCAAUACCAGAGGAGCCUUAGUGUGCUGGUGGGACAGGCGGCGAGUUAUCUCCCUGUGAAAAGCUGCGCAUCUACUUUUAAAAAGACACCUCCUUCCUAGUGGUUCAAGUAAUUACAUGUGUAAUA